AGUGAAUUGUAGUGGAGAAAGCAUCUUUUUUUCUUUCUUUUUCUUCUUUUUUUGACUGGAAAAGCAGUGGUCUCUGUGGCGUUCUCCACACGAGCAUAAUGGAGUGCAUUUGAACGUCGCGAAAACGAUACAGUGACACCACUACAUGACUGUACACUUCAAUACCGUGCUGACAUUCCUUGGCCAGUUUGAGAAGUAUAGUGUAUAGUGUGGCCAGGAUGUAAGUACAGUCGAGAUUGGAUAUAAGUACAGCGGAGAUUGGAUAUAAGUACAGUGGAGAUUGGAUAUAAGUACAGUGGAGAUUGGAUAUAAGUACAGUGGAGAUUGGAUAUAAGUACAGUGGAGAUUGGAUAUAAGUACAGUGGAGAUUGGAUAUAACGACACUCUUUCGGGAGAAAGCAAAAUGUCGCUAUAUUUGAUCUGUCACUAAACCCGAUCUUCACAUUUAGUAUGCAAUAUGUAUAACAAAAUGACAGAAAUGUAUUGUAGAUAUACAUGUACAUGAUUGUACAUGUGGAUAACAGAAUCUGAUGUGUAUUGGAAAGGCUUCCUGUCUGAAGCCUUUCCAUACUGGUACUCGAUGUUCCAGUUUUGUGACACGAGAAUGGCACGAGAAUUAGUGUACCGCUGAGUGUACCGCUAUACACGUGGUCGACACUUAGUCGACACGUAGUCGACACGUUGUUGAUACUUUUUUGACACGUGACCCCGUCAACGGUCUGCUUUGUGCCAAUGCCACUCGGUAAACGCCGAUGUCGCGUACGACAAAGACGACUAUCCCGUACGCGAAAUAGUUGAGAAUUGCAUGGCGUGGACCUGACGGCAAGGACAACUGCGUGGAGGCCCCUUUCGGUACCCCUGACGGGAAGGAGAACUGCAGAAGUCGACGAAGUCGAACGAGGAGGUCCCUUUUCCGUACCCCAUACUGCAAAGUGCCAUUGAUGGAUACCUUUUGCACCUGGAACGACCCCUUAAACGCUGUCGCGGCGACUAUCCCGUACGCGAAAUAGUUGAGAACUGCUGACGUGGACCUUUUGCACCUGGAACGGCCCCGUAAACGCUGUCGUGUCGGCGGAGUGAAUGUGCAGGGUACUAGGGUGAAAAGAAUUGCUGCAAAGACGUCCCCUCUACUAGGCUCUAGGCCUUUGCCUUUGGAGACAUCGUCGGCGAACUGAAUGCGCAGGGCGAAAAGAAUUGCUGCAAAGACGUCCGCUCUAGGCCUUCGGACAUCGUGGGAACUCCUUCCGGUACUAUACAAACUGCUGACGUGGCCGUGGACAUGUACAUGGAGAGUCAUGGUGGGACUUCAUGUACAUGGAUACAUGGUGGGAAUUCCUUCCGGCACCCUCGUACCGCAAAGCCAACGGUGGGGAAGGAGAAGUGCAGACGUGCAGGAAGACGAACGAGGAGGAACCAGGACUAGCUGGACCGUAAGUAAUAGCUGAAUUGUGCAUGACAACUUGACAUCCAUGCGGCACUCGCCACUUGCCACUGCAUAUUUCUUGUCCACUAACAAUGUCUCUCUUCUGCCCCCUGUGUGUCCACGGCCCUGUUGCUGAAUUGGCCCGAUGAAUCGAAUGUCUUCCGCAGCUGGAACGGCCCCGUGAACGCUGUCGCGUCGGCGACUGAAUGCGCAGGAGGGAAAAUAUUGCUGCGAAGACGUCUCCUCUAGACGACGGUAUAUCAUCCCGUGACGACCACAUUGAAGUCUGAAUUUGAAGUGUGAAGAUGCUUCAGCAACCACAUCGUACUUUUCCAUUGCUUUCAUUGUGCUUCUACUUUGCAUGUGUGUAACUUGUGGGGUAAACAUGUGAUGACAUUGAAUGCUGGCGACACGGUCAGAUGUUCAUGCGUCUAACGUACACCUGCAUGUUAUGCAUUGAAAAGGGUUUGUCACUUGCGAUCCUGGGACGAGUAUCAGGUCCGCUUUGUCCUGUGUGGGCUGUAUCAGAUUGCUGUUCACUUCUCUAUCUGUUGGAUAUGUGACUUUCUGCAAGUUUCUGGUGUAUGAUGGCCACGUCCUUGCUUGUCACUUUGUAUGAUAUUACAUUCUGUAUUCGCUGCUUCCAUGGCAUGGUCUGCAAACUACAAUCCUUGGGCAAAUGUCAUGUUUGCUAUGUUGUGCUUUGGCCGUCAGCUUGUCUACACGCUGUAGUUGUGUCGAGAACUGCCGUUCACGAAUAUUUGAAAUACAUAUAAAUUUAGUGUUCACGUCUUACUUGAACUUCCUGUAGUUUCAGUCUGCAACUCCGUCGUCUUUCUCCUUUUCUAACUCAGUCUUUCCAUUAUCUGACAGUGGUGCUCUCACCUCUAGCUAGGUGCAAGCACCCUCCGCCAGACGCGAACUACAUUCUUGUUUCUCUAAAGACUCUCAAAUAUAAUUUCUUCUUCGCGUUCACUUUCGUUCUGCAGUUUAUUUAUUUAUUUAUUUUCCUUUCUUUCUACCUCGUGGUACACGCGCUACAUGUGCCACCAUCUUUGUUUCCAUGGCACCACAGUGCACCUGACCACGCGAUCGCUACGCAGCUCAGGCCCGAAUGGGUCCGGGUGCGCUGCUUCGCGAUCUAUUUGGCCUCGCUUGCUUCCGAGCACCGCCGUUUUCGGAGCGUACUCAUUGUGCGUCUCAGUUCUUUUCUCCGUUGUUUGUAUCUCCUUGUUAUUGGUUAUUCUUCUUCUUGACUGAAGUGUAGUUGAUGAAUGAACGAUGGUGGUUUGUGUAGUAGUAGUGUGAGUGUGUGCAUGGUUGGAAAGGUCUUCUACAUUCUAUAAUCAAAUCGAUAAGAUUUUGACAUGGUGCUGUAACCAGGUGACGGUUACCUGUCCGCAACGCAGUUUCCCCGUCGUUUUUCCGACACUCAUCGUCGUGCAGGUAUGUACACUCAAAUGGUCCAGCGCCGGGCCAAUAUGAAGCGUCGCCUCACACGCGUCAGGGAAAAGCUGGCGAGGGAGCUCCACAAGGAGGAGCCAUCCCCACACUACGUGCUGGGCGACUGGCAAACAGCGGCAGAGCUAGCGUCUCACAUAAACGACCUCCAAUCACAAAUACGUAGCCUCGUCGAGCUCGACGCAAACGAUGAGAAACUAGACGAUCUCGACUCUUGGGAGUCGUCCUUCGAUGAGGAGGUGGAAAUUUUGAGAACAGCGAGGGCGUUUUUGGAGAAACACGCGCCCUCCCUGCUACAGCAACCAGUGCCAAGUGAAAGCAGGUGUUCUGAGAGUGUGAUGUGUAGUGCUAGUAAUAGUAGUAAACACAUGCAGACUGAGCACCCUGUUUCGGAGCAGCUCUCAGUCUCUCAACACGCUAGUCAUCCUGCUAGCAGCACGCCUGCCUUUACUGGUGUGAUGGACAGUAUGCCAAAUGCCACUGGUACUGCUAGUCAAGCACUCACAGCAGUCAGUGCAAUUGCAAAUACCCAUGAUCCUACUCACCAUACUGGUUCAUUAAGCACACUGCAGUACACACCAGCAGUGCCACCGCCACCACCACUACACUUGCCUGAGCCUACACCUGGUACUGGUAGUGCCACUGGUCGUGCACAGUGGAGCAACGCAGAGUACACUUCUGACAGCGAGUCUGUAUGGUCGGAUGCUGACUCCACGUCUACCAACACCUCGUUCCAUGCACCCUCGGUUGUUCCAGGCUCUGCUAUGUUUGUUGCUGCAGUCUCCCAGGCUGCCAGUCAUGCCGCACGUGCUGCUGUGGAGGCCACAUGGCAGAUGGACACCUCGAACACACCACGUCGCACUCCUGGUCGGACACCCGUGCAGCUCCCUAAGCUCACACUGCCAACCUUUCAUGGUGAUAUCCUUGCAUGGCCCGACUUUUGGGAUAUGUUUUCUGCUGCAGUCGACACACAGCAGUUACCCCAGGUGUCAAAGUUCACGUAUCUGCGCAGUGUGCUGAAAGGUCCUGCCGCCCGUCUGGUCUCAGGCAUCGCAGUGACCGACGCAAAUUAUCCGACUGCUGUCAGCACCCUGAAGGCCGAGUAUGGCAAGCCUGAUAUAGUUAUUGCUCAGUUAUACGGUCGCCUACAGCAUAUCGCUCAGUCCUCCACACGCUAUGCGGAUAUAAAAUCUACAUGUGAGGCUCUGGAGAACAUCCUCCUGCAACUGGAGGCCCAGGGGGAAAUACUGAAAGGUCAACGCCUAGUAUGCCACCAGGUACUCUCAAAGCUUCCACUGAGUGUAACUACGAAGCUUGAGGAGUGGCGACCCUCCCAUGACGUCUCAGCACCGUGGGACAUAGAAGACCUCCGCCAGUACCUGAAACGGUACGUGCUUCUGCACGACCGAGCACAACAACGCUCUGGCCAGCAGCAAAGCACCGCUCCAGUGGAUAUGCUGCCGUCCAGUACACUUGUGGCCACUUCUGGCGCACCGUUUCGUAGGCCGCAAGCUGCUACGUCUGCACCCGCUCGGCCACGGAAGCCGUGUGUGUUCUGUGAUGGUGCCCACAACCACGAUGCCUACGUUAGGUUCGCAACUACCUCAGCACGGAAGGACAGGCUCCUUGAGCUCCAUCUCUGUUACCGUUGUCUUGGCAAAGGCCAUGUCGCAUCUGCCUGCACCCUGCAACGGAAAUGCCGACAUUGCCAGCAGCCGAACCAUCACAACACUGCUAUUUGUUCGCGCCAACAGUCUGCUGUUCACCAGAUCGGUGUCAACAAUGUGCAACAGCAGCCACGGCCGCAGCGGUCGCCGCCUCCGCCGCCACAGCAACAGCAGCCACAGCAGCAGUCUCAAUCCGCUACGACACCAGCACAGUUCUCAUCUUCAUGUAUGUCUGUCAAUGUCCAGUGCAACACGGUACAGGAUCGUGUCGGUUUAGCGCGCAUGAUGACUGCAACUUCUGCUAUCACCGCCAAUGGUCGCCGUACCACUGUGCGCAUCCUGUUUGACAGUGGCAGUCAAUCAACAUUCCUCAGCGCAUCUGCUGCUGAGCAACUUCAACUUCAGCCCCUCGGUAAGGACACGCUGAACGUAUUCUCCUUUGGCAGUGAGACUCCUCUGCGCCUUGUGCCAGAUGUGGUACAAUUUGCUCUCCUCCACAAGGACGGUUCUACUCGGACUCUUCAUGCGCAUGUGUUGCCAGCAUCGAAGACGAUCCACCCUGUGCAGCACAGCUCACUCUCUGCGGCAGACAGAGCAGUUCUGAUCAAUCUGCCGGCAGACUCUCUGGCUGAUCCGUUACCGGACGGUGCCUCCACUCAUGCAGUCGACUUGCUACUGGGCAUACAGUACUUCUGGGACCUCAUGAGUGGUCUGCCAACACGGUUGCCUUCUGGCCUCUACCUCAUUCCGUCUCGAUUGGGAUAUCUGUUGUCUGGCAACCCGAAUCCAGCCACUGCAGACAGCUCGCAUGCCUCUGCUUCUGACUCUGUGGUCUUUGUGUGCGCUACGGAACGCGUACCGGAUCUGUCCGAGAUGUGGUCUCUCGACAGUAUUGGUAUCAGUGACUCGCCGUUCCUCACUGACGACAACCGUGCCCCGCAGCACUUCAACUCAACCGUCCGAUUUCGUGAUGGCCGCUAUGAAGUCGCUUGGCCGUGGAAGUCUGAGCCACCUGACCUGCGAGACAACUAUGGCCUCGCACUCGGUCGUUUGACCUCCCUCGCUAAGCAGCUCGCUAGGGACCAUGACCUGCUAUUGCGCUACGAUGCAGUGAUCCAGUCUCAGGUUGAGCUGGGUAUUGUUGAACGUGUGUCAACCAACACUUCAACUCACACCGUCAAGCACUACCUGCCGCACCAGCCAGUCGUGACACCCUCCAAGGCGACCACUAAGCUGCGCAUUGUAUACGAUGCCUCGGCCAAGUCGUCCAAAGCAGCUAAGUGUCUGAACGAGUGCAUGCAUCGUGGCCCCAUCAACUUGCCGAAUCUCUGUGGCAUACUUCUCCGCUUCCGUUGCCACUCCAUUGUGCUGUUGGCUGACAUCGAGAAAGCGUUUCUCCAGCUCAGCAUUCGUCCGGAUGACCGAGAUGUCACACGUUUUCUCUGGUUUGACGAUCCAGCAAACCCUGCCACAUCCAAGGACAACUUGGCUGUGUAUCGCUUCUGUAGGAUGCCGUUCGGUAUUGUUGCCAGUCCGUUUCUGCUGGAAGCUACUAUCCAUCACCAUCUGCAGCUGCAGUGUACUCCUCUUGCCGCUUCUAUCGAUCAGAAUAUCUACGUGGACAACGUGUUGAUUGGUGUCUCGGAUGUUUCUGAUGUUCUUGCCGUAUAUGAGGAGGCCAAGUCCGUUUUCCAGCGUGCAUCAAUGAACUUGCGUGAGUGGACAACCAAUAGUACAGCUGCUCGGGCGACUCUACCAGCGGAUGACAUCGUCACGACUCGACAUGUCAAGGUGCUUGGUUUACAGUGGGACACACAUGACGAUGUAUUGUCAAUUGCUGGUUCUCGCUGCACCCUCUCUGCUGCUGCACCUGCUACUAAGCGCAUUGUCUUGCAAGCCGUCUCUGCUUUGUACGAUCCGCUUGGUCUACUCGUCCCAGCCAUUCUGUCUGGUCGCCUGCUACUUCGUCAAUUGUGGCAAGCUGAGCUCAAUUGGGAUGACCCUCUACCUGCACACUUUACUGACGAAUGGUCUGCUAUCUCCUCUAUGAUGGCAUCGCUCUCUUCGAUCACUAUUCCCCGUUUGUGUUGUCCGGUCGGCAGCGCUACGGAUGUACAGCUCCAUAUCUUCACUGACGCUUCUGUCAAUGCGUAUGCAGCUGCUGGCUACCUCCGGGUCACAGAUGGCAGUUCGGUACACUCUGCCCUCGUCUUCAGCAAGAUGCGGCUCGCACCGGCUCCGAAGAAAUCAUCUUCUACCGCUGACACCAUGACCAUUCCUCGCCUGGAAUUACUGGGUGCCGUCAUUGGUGCUCGACUUGCGUCAUUCCUUCGGCAGGAACUCAACCUCACGCUCUCGUCCACUACUGUCUGGACUGAUGCCAGGUGCGUUCUGCAUUGGCUUGUAUCAAGUCGGGACCUGUCUACAUUUGUGGCCAAUCGCAUCGCUAGCUUACGUGCUCUGCCGGACAUCACGUAUCGCUAUGUCCCCAGUGCUGCUAAUCCUGCUGAUUUGGCUACUCGUCCGCAAACAGCUGCGCAGCUCGCCGACAGUACUCUAUGGUGGUCUGGUCCUUCGUGGCUAACAGAAGACGUCAGCAAAUGGCCUGCUUCUAGUCACCCCACCAUCACUCCUCAGGACUUGGCGUUGGCCGAGGCCGAGUAUCGUGGACCUCGUCUCAUCCACAGCAUGCUCGCUACCCAACCAGUCCUGCCGCCGUCACUUGUGCAGCAGUCUAUCCUAACGCGCUCGUCCUCACUGUCCAAAGCCGUCAGAAUCUUGACCUACUGCAUGCAUUUCCUCUAUCGUGUUGUGUGGACUCGGUUGCCAGCUGCUCAGCAGACACGCCUUCAGGAUGGCCAUGCUCUGCUAGCUCAGCUACUCAGCCAGUUUGAUGCUCAACCGUACGUCUUCAGCGUCAGUGUGCGACGCUUGGUUCUGUCUCUAUUCGUACGUUCAGCGCAGCACAGCUCCUAUCCUGAUCUGUACUCUGGUUCUCUCGCUGAUAGCACGUCACCGUUGGUGAAGCAAUUUGGUCUUCAGCGUGACCAGCUCGGUGUUAUCCGUUGUCAUGGCAAGCUUGCUCACGUCCAUGCUACCAGCCAGCCUGCUCUGCUGCCACGCCAGCAUCGUCUCACUGUCUUGAUCAUUCUCGACAUCCAUGGCCGCCUGCUGCAUGCUGGUCCAAGCCACACCCUCGCACAGCUUCGCCUCAACUUCUGGGUUCCUCAUGGUCGUCAGGCUGUUCGCCAUGAACUGAAGCUAUGUCUUGUGUGCCGUCGUCAAGACUCGCCACCCUAUCGUCUUCCGUUGAUGCCGCCUCUGCCUGCUGAGCGUGUCAACCCUGCUCAUCCAUUUGAGUUCACCGGUCUGGACUACUUUGGACCAUUGCUCAUCAAGCAGUCCGACUCCUCCACGACCAAGGUAUGGGUCUGUUUAUUCACCUGUUUCGCUAUCCGUGCUGUCCAUCUCGAGUUCGUGGAUGACAUGUCCACAGCUGCCUUCAUCUCUGGCUUACGUCGCUUCAUUGCUCGUCGUGGCGUACCGCGUCUGUUGUAUUCUGACAACGCCAGCCAAUUUCACCUCGCCAGUUCUGCCGUGCCGGAUGCCUGGUCCUCUCUACCGUCUGACCCCGUCCUAGGCGAGUUUCUCUCUCAACGUCAGAUCACGUGGAAAUUCACCACUGCACUCGCCCCAUGGCAAGGUGGUAUUUAUGAGCGCAUGGUUGGCCUUGUGAAGGGCUGCAUGCGGAAAGUUGUUGGCCGGCAGUUGCUCUCGCUCCCACAGCUCCUCACCUUGCUGGCUGAAGUUGAAGCUGUCGUCAACAACCGCCCACUGACUCCCGUUUCGGCUGACGAUGAAGGUCCUGGUCUUCUCGUGCUCUCUCCAGCUCACUUCCUCGUUGGUGGUCGACCCACGCUGAUCCCUGUCGACACAUCCUCUGCUGAUGAUCCCGACUAUUCGCCUGAUAUCAGCUCCCGGGAUCACAUCUUGCAGUGGUGGAGGGCGUCCCAAGUUCUCUUGGAACGUUUCUGGAAAUGCUGGCGGACUGAGUACUUGCAAUUACUCAGGGAACGUGCGAACCCUGAUCACCGCCAGCCCAAGACGUCUCUAUCCGGCCAGCCACAGGUUGGGGAGAUCGUCAUCGUCAAAUCCGAAGGUAUACCACGUGGCCAGUGGCACAUUGGCAAGGUAACAGCGGCUAACGCUAGUGCGACAGAUGGUUGCGUCCGCUCAGCAGAGGUCCUGAUGCCGUCUGGGCGCACAGUGGAACGCCCACUAUCGCUGCUGUAUCCACUCGAGGUACCCAGCACCCGGCAGGAUGAUGCCCCCGCAGUCAUCAGCAGCCAGCAGUCAGAUAAUGCUCCUGGAGUGCAAGCACCACCGCCAUCAGCAACCCGCCCGAGGCGCAAGGCUGCCGAUCAGGCACGCCAAAACAUCGCUAGAUGGACUUGUAACUUCACGGCGUUAAGGUAAGUAUAACUUAUUAUAUUUCUACGCUUUAGUUCACAAUCUUCUUUGUUCCUUUCUCUUUCUAGUGCAUUCACACUUCUGUUUGGUGGGAGUGUCGAGAACUGCCGUUCACGAAUAUUUGAAAUACAUAUAAAUUUAGUGUUCACGUCUUACUUGAACUUCCUGUAGUUUCAGUCUGCAACUCCGUCGUCUUUCUCCUUUUCUAACUCAGUCUUUCCAUUAUCUGACAGUGGUGCUCUCACCUCUAGCUAGGUGCAAGCACCCUCCGCCAGACGCGAACUACAUUCUUGUUUCUCUAAAGACUCUCAAAUAUAAUUUCUUCUUCGCGUUCACUUUCGUUCUGCAGUUUAUUUAUUUAUUUAUUUUCCUUUCUUUCUACCUCGUGGUACACGCGCUACAUGUGCCACCAUCUUUGUUUCCAUGGCACCACAGUGCACCUGACCACGCGAUCGCUACGCAGCUCAGGCCCGAAUGGGUCCGGGUGCGCUGCUUCGCGAUCUAUUUUGGCCUCGCUUGCUUCCGAGCACCGCCGUUUUCGGAGCGUACUCAUUGUGCGUCUCAGUUCUUUUCUCCGUUGUUUGUAUCUCCUUGUUAUUGGUUAUUCUUCUUCUUGACUGAAGUGUAGUUGAUGAAUGAA